CGCAAAGGGAAACCACUCAUGAAUUUUAUGCAUAGUUUCAUAUUUCUGAGCUCUCAUUGUACGGUAACCUUCAGUAGACGUCCUGAUGUUGUCAUUGUGCCUCUUCUUAUAGACUACGUUCAAGAUGUCGAAAAACUACGACCAACUUUUUAAGAUUAUUCUCAUCGGAGAUUCCGGCGUUGGUAAGACGUGUAUUUUAUGUCGCUUUGCCAACGACGAAUUUAACAAAUCGCAUAUCUCAACGAUCGGAAUAGAUUUUAAAAUGAAAACUAUASUCAUCGAUGGCAAACGGAUACGAAUWCARAUGUGGGAUACUGCAGGACAGGAAAGAUAUGAAACAAUUACAACACAAUAUUAUAGAAGAGCACAGGGAAUAAUUCUGGUAUAUGAUAUCACAAGAUUAGAAACUUUUCACAAUAUAAAAAAAUGGCUUAGAUAUGUAGAUGAGCAUGCCAAUAAUAAUGUACAAAGAGUGUUAAUAGGAAAUAAAAGUGAUAUUGAAAGUGAAAGAAUAGUACCUAAAGAAUCAGGAAUAAAGUUGGCAGCAGAAAGAAAUAUUCAGUUUUAUGAAACAAGUGCAUACGCAAAUAUAAAUAUAGAUGAAGCAUUCAGAGAUAUAUGCAAACAAAUUAUACACAGUAUGGAAGCCACCCAGAAUGGUGGUAACGAAGAAACAACCAAUACUAAUUAUCGAACAAGCGCAAUAUUUCUAGACACCAAGAAAGAGGUUCUUAAUGAAACUAAAUGUUGCUCUUAGUAAAAUAAAAAGCAUGCAAGUGUGAUAGCAAUAUAUCCAUGAACUAGACACUCUAGGAACUUACCCUGCUUAGCAGUCCUCUCCAAUUCUCUUAGAGACCUGCUAUGCAGGCUGUAAGUACUGUAUUUUGUCACCAACAAGUAACAUUUAAUUAUCUCAAAACAAUUAAUGCUGCUUUUGGGAGCAAAUGUUUAUAAUAAUAUAAAUGCAACACUUCAAUAUGUCAUUUGCCCAUCCAUGUGGGCCAUCAGUUUGAACAAAAGGUGCACUUGUUAGAACCAGGUUUCACUACAUUGUGAGUGAAAAAAGUCAGGAACAAGGAUGAUUUAAUUUAUUUUAAUUAUUGAUUUACCAAACAUAUUUUUAUUGCACUAAAAUUAAUAUAAUUUGUAAGAAAUGAAAGUAAAUUUAUGAACACUUAAAUAUUAUGCAAUAAUAUUGCAUACUACUGUGAUAUUGUCAAAGUUCUUGCUACUUUCCAUUUGUAAAAGAAAUAACAGGCAAUUUCAAUAAAACUWUAUUUAGUAAA